CUGUACUCGGAAAAAAAUGUGACACUUUGUUUUGGGUGUAACUUUUUAUCGCGUGGGUAAAAAUUAAUGAAAUUAGUUUUCAAGAUGCAUUCGAAACAAGAAGAGCUACUCCAGCAAAUCUUGGGCGCGGUGAUCGAUAAUCCUGGUCAGUCACACAGAUUGAUCGGCAAAAGGCUUGGAAUCCACCAUUCCACCGUGUCCCGCGUUGUGAAGAUGUUCCAGGAGACGAAGACCAUCGAGCGGCGCGCUGGAAGCGGCCGAAACCCGAAAACGGAAUACCCAGAGAAGGCGCGGAAGAUAAGGCAGUACUUUAAGAAUAACCCGAACCUUUCCACCCGAGACGUGGCCAAAAAGGUCGAUUCGUCGAAGUGGUUUGUCCAGCAGACCAUGAAGCGGGUUGGGCUACAUGUUUUUAAGGUAAAGAAGGCGCCAAACCGGACUGACAAGCAAAACACGGUGGCCAAAUUGCGUGCGCGGAAGCUGUACCGUGAGUGGCUGGUCAAGCCAGGCUGUCUCGUCAUGGACGACGAGACAUACAUCAAGGCGGACACCAAACAAAUCCCCGGCCUCGAGUUUUUUGUCGGUACGUCCCGCAUGGAGUUUCCGGAAAAGUUCCGGAAGAGAAAGAUGGACAAAUUCGCGAAGAAGUACCUGUUGUGGCAGGCGAUCUGCGAGUGCGGACGGUAUAGCAAGCCGUUCGUUACAACCGGCACCAUAAACGGACAGAUUUAUCGAGAGGAAUGCUUGCAGAAGCGCUUGCUGCCCUUCCUCCGCUCUCACCGUGGUCCCACGCAGUUCUGGACAGAUCUCGCUUCGUGCCAUUACGCCAAGCCUUUAAUGGAUUGGUACGAAGCGAAGGGCGUUAAUGUGGUCCCGAAGGAGGCGAACCCGCCAAAUACACCAGAACAUCGUCCGAUCGAAAAGUUUUGGGCCAAAAUGAAGAAGAAGUUGAAGAAAACCGGGAAAACAUUCAAAACCGAUGAAGCUUUGAAGAAAAACUGGGAGAAAUUGUGUAAGGAAGAUGGGCAAAGCCUCGCCCAAGAUCUCGUGAGCAGUGUUAAGAGAAAUGUACGAGCAUUCAGAUUGGGGGAGGAAAUUCAAAAAAUAAAUUAUGCCAAAACAUAG